CCCAUUUCAAAGCGUGUCCUCAGCUCUCCGGAAGCCUUGCCCACCUGGGGAGCGCGCACUUCCGGGGCUUGUCCGUGGUUGGCUGGGAGCGGCCUGUGCGGCAACAACAGCGGCGGCAUCAUGGCUGGCAUCAAAGCUCUGAUUAGCCUGUCCUUCGGGGGAGCAAUUGGGCUCAUGUUCCUGAUGCUCGGUUGUGCCCUUCCACAGUACAACACAUACUGGCCCCUGUUUGUUUUGUUCUUCUACAUCCUCUCUCCAAUUCCUUACUGCAUAGCAAGAAGAGUUGUUGAAGACACAGAUGCCACAAGCAACGCCUGCAAGGAACUCGCCAUAUUUCUGACGACAGGCAUUGUUGUCUCAGCAUUUGGACUUCCAAUUGUGUUUGCCAGAGCAGUCCUGAUCCAGUGGGGCGCCUGUGCGCUCGUCCUCACAGGAAACACAGUCAUAUUUGCCACCAUCCUAGGGUUUUUCUUGGUUUUCGGCAGCAACGACGACUUCAGCUGGCAACAAUGGUGAAAAACGCUACAGAGAACUAUCAGGCAUCGUGCGUCAUUCAGUGGCCAUCCAUCCACAAGAGAGAACGGGCAAUAAAGCGAAUGUACUGUUUCCACAGAUAGACCCUAGGUGUAGGACGUUCUGUCGUCACUUUCCCCCUCCUUUCACAUACAGUUUUAACCUUUCCUUUGUCUUCAGACGUCUUUAAUAGCUGAUGCUGUUUUGUUUUAAUGUGGGCGCCAGAAUACUCAAAUGUGAUAUUUAAACGUAUAUGUUGGAGGUUUUUUAAAAAUCAUAAUGUGUUUAAAGAUGCCAUUCUUCUGUUUUUGUUUUUUACCUUGGACGGUUUUUAAAGCCGUAAGGUACAAUCGUAUAACCAAACUGACAAGUUGAGAGCGAAGCCCUGUCAAAGGGAAGCACUUUUUAACCACCCAACCCUAGGCGUGUUUAUUUGCAAUAAAGUCCUACUGACUUCAUUGAGGCAUAACUCCUAAGAAAACAUGCAUAAGAUUGUACCUUAAGCCUCCCCCUAAGAUCAAUAGGCUUAAACAUGUGCUUAACACUCCCUUCCGCCUUUUGAGCCCCAGAGAUCUUAGAAUGUGUUGCCUUGGCUCAGUUGUGCCAUGAAUUAGCAAAUGUUUGCAUGCCUGGAGAAUUUUGGGGAGCGAUGUGUGAAGGGUGGAAAAGGCCUGAAGGGCAGAUGAGAAGGACUCAGUGAGUUGCUUGUUCCUAUAUAGAGUGUGUGUGGGGGGGGUGGGGAGAUCAUGCCAUUAGUACAGGGCAGAACAGCUUUUGACAGUAAAGGGGUUUCUACAUCUUAAUUAUUUUGGGAGUUUGUGCUCAUCGUACAAACAUUUUAUUUGCAGAUGCUGUAAAUGGCAGGAGGCACCUCUCAGCAGGGGAAUCUGACAUUUAAAAUAUAAUUUAAAAAAAUUGUUUUUGGAAUCUUUCUAUUUAUAAAUAUUGUAUGCUUUUGACAUUCUGCAUCAGCUCUUUCAGUUGUACCAAAGGGGGAAAUGAACGGCACAUCCACGGAACUACUGACUUAAUGGGCACAAGCCAGCCAGAAGUUCCCCCCCGCAGGAUCCCCCUUCAAAAUGCAUUUGCCCGCCUUGCGUUAUUUUCUAAGGGGUGUUUUGCGGCAUAACUUCCCGGCGGAUUGCGCCCCCUGCAUUUGCAGCCUAUAACAGGAGGAUUUCUGCUUCCCUUUUUGUAAUUUAUUUUAUACACAGUAUCAGAAGGCUUUUGAACUGGAGAUUGAAACUUUUGCUGUAGGUAAUGACUUACCAGAGAAGAGUGAUUGCUGUAUUAAAAAAUCGUCAAAGUUUGGCUCGUCCAGCAAAUCUUUGACAGAAGGGUUUUUUAAAAAAAAAAAAUAAUUGUCAAUGUUUCAAUUUAUGCAUUAAUGUAUUAAAUGUUAGAUCAGAUCUGUAGUUCUGUUAGAGUACACCACUUGUAAUUUUUCACUAUAUAAUAUUCAUUGCAUACCUCUUAAAUUGUCUUUUCUGUUAACCAUAAAUGACCACAUUUCUUAGU